CCCUCUCCAUUUCUUCCUACCUCUAGGAAAUCAUACAUAUUUUUCAGGGCACCUGCAGAAAGAACAAUAAACACACCCUCCUCCAACUGCCAACGUGGUAGGCAUAGUGAAGUACGCGCCCAUUAACGGCGGCGCGUUGUUCCUAGACGUCAAAACCCACUUCUCAAUCACCAGAGCCAGAAGAACUGUAACCGUCGCCUACGCCUUCGUCUCCAUCUUCACGGCCUUCACCAUUUUUCUCGCCUUCAUCCCUUACGCAAACCCCUCUUCUCCAUUGUUCACAAACAUCUUUGCUCCCAACACCCCGAGGAGCAGCGGUAUUGCAAAUUCGAACCCUUACCCCUCGAUUUCUUCUGAUGAGUCCUACAGAUCUCAUUUUUCUUCAAUUUAUAGUUACUUUUUCCCAAAUUUAUCGGGACCCAGUUCGGAUAAUAAGCCUUCUGUUGUAAAAAACCAGACAAAGGAUGAAGUUUUGAAGCCAAAAGAACCCUCUGUAAAUCAAACCGUGAAGAAUAGCACAAACCCAUCAAAGCCCUCAACAGAGAUGAAAAAUCAGGCCCAAAAUAAGACGUCACAGGGCGAAAAGUCGCUUAAAGUUGGAGUCUUUAAUAAGUCAAAUUCAAGUGUUGCUGCAAAAGGAGAAAAUGGUGUUAUGGUCAAGAAUGUUACUUCCUUGCCGAAAAAACAGAAUAAUGGCACGAAUUUGGGUGUGUCCAAAAAGGGAUGUGAUGAUCUGAUUAAGUCUCUGAUGAAGUGUGAUCUGUUUGAUGGGAAUUGGGUGAGAGAUGAAUCUUAUCCACUGUACAAGCCUGGUUCUUGUUCUCUGAUUGACGAGCAAUUUGAUUGUUUCUUUAAUGGUAGGCCCGAUAAUGGCUAUUACAAACAGAAGUGGAAGCCAAAGGGUUGCACUCUCCCAAGGUUAGAUGGAGGUCAUUUGUUGGAGUUACUGAGAGGAAAGAGAUUAGUUUUCGUGGGUGAUUCUUUGAACAGAAAUAUGUGGGAAUCUCUUGUUUGCAUCCUCAGGAACUCUGUGAAAGAUAAGAAGAAAGUUUACGAAGAAAAUGGCCGGCACAGUUUUCGUGGAGAGGUUUCUUAUUCCUUUGUCUUUGAAGACUAUAAGUGCAUGGUGGAAUUUUCGUUGACUCUGUUUUUGGUUCAAGAAUGGGAAGUAACUGGAAAAAAUGGGACAAAAAAGGAAACACUAAGACUCGAUUUUGGCCACUGGUGGACUCAUGAGAAGACUUCUUUAGGGAAGGACUAUUAUCAAGAGGGCAGCCACAUAUACAGUGACUUGAAUGUUCUGGAAGCUUUCCGGAAGGCUACAACGACAUGGGCAAGAUGGAUAGACGGUAAUGUCAAUCCAAAUAAGUCGCUCGUUUUCUUCAGAGGCUACUCUGCAUCUCAUUUCAGAGGGUGUGUGGUUGAAAGCCUGGGCGUGAAUUGGGGUACGAUGGCGAGCCACAAGUUGCCGCCCAAGGUAGUGGUGCAGAUGCUGAAAGACAACGAAAUAAAGAAGGUGAAGCUUUUCGAUGCUGAGCAGUCAACGAUGAGCGCAUUGGCCGGCACCGACAUUGAAGUUAUGGUUGCGAUCCCUAAUGACCAGCUGUCUGUUAUGGGGAGUUACGACCGAGCUAAGGAAUGGGUCAGGCGCAAUGUCACCCGCUACAAUUUCAAUGGCGGUGUCAAUAUCAAAUAUGUGGCUGUAGGGAAUGAGCCUUUCCUCACAUCCUACAACAACUCGUUCGUAAACACGACUUUCCCAGCUCUUCAAAACAUUCAGAACGCCAUAAACGAAGCUGGGUUUGGGGACACCAUCAAAGCAACUGUGCCCUUGAAUGCCGAUGUUUACGGUUCACCCGCAGGCAACAGUGCCCCGUCUGCCGGCCGAUUCCGAGCCGACAUCUUACCUCAGAUGAACCAAAUCGUCGACUUUCUGCACCGAAACAACGCCCCCUUCACCGUCAACAUAUACCCUUUCCUCAGCCUCUACGGUAACGAGCACUUCCCGAUCGACUAUGCCUUCUUUGAUGGGGGCAGUACCCCCAUUGUCGACGGUGAUAUUCAAUACACCAAUGUCUUUGAUGCCAAUUUCGACACAUUGGUCUCAUCCCUAAGGGCGCUCGGUUAUGGUGAUAUGCCCAUAAUCGUAGGGGAGGUCGGAUGGCCAACAAACGGAGAUAUAAAUGCCAAUAUUAACUAUGCAUUACGAUUCUACAGAGGGCUUUUGCCGAGGCUUGCGGGCAAUAGGGGGACCCCUCUUCGACCGGGUUACAUUGAGGUUUACCUUUUUGGGCUUCUUGACGAGGACAUAAAGAGCAUAGACCCGGGUAAUUUCGAGCGGCACUGGGGAAUCUUCAGAUAUGACGGACAACCCAAGUUCCCGAUGGACUUGAGCGGACGGCAAACAGAUAACUAUCUUGUGGGUGCUCAGAACGUAGAGUAUCUUCCCAGCAGAUGGUGCAUGCUUAGACCGGAUGCUGACCAGACGAGACUUGCGGAAAAUAUUAAUUUUGCGUGUUCGCGUGCCGACUGUACUGCGCUCGGCUACGGUUCUUCGUGCAAUGGGUUGGAUACUAAUGGGAAUGCAUCGUACGCAUUUAACAUGUAUUUUCAGGUGCAGAGUCAGAGAGAUAUGAGCUGCAACUUCCAGGGACUGGCAAUGUUUAUAUGUUCGUGUAAGUGCAGAAUUACACUCGUUAGCAUUGAUCCAACAGCAGAACAGAAAUCCGAAACAGUAACAACAACAAACCAGUGGACAAGGCAGGUUCGGAGAAGAAGCAAGAAAUACUCUGGCACUUCACCCUAUGCGGCAACUGGGAACUGCCGAGCGGCUGAGGUUCAAGGCGAGUUGAUGCCCAGCCUCACCUUCCACCUCCUAUGUCCGCUCGCCCUGCUGUUGUUUGCUUGGUGCCUACAUCGAUUGCCAAAAGGUGUACGUGAUGUGCGUGUUGUGUCUGGUUUUCAGGUCGGAGCUCCGCCGGAGAUAGCGUUUUUGCUGGACGAAAUCUGGCGAGAGAAAGACGCAAGGCGAUGCAGUUUCGACGUGCUUAGGGGUCGAUCACAUUUCGUCAGCAAUUUUAUGCAUCAAAUGUUGAGGAUCAAGUUGUUUCUGGCACAAGACAACAUUUGCGAUUGCUGGAUAGUUCAUCUGACUUUGUGCUCACAUAUGAAGAUGAUGGAGACUGGAUGCUUGUUGGUGAUGUUCCCUGGGAGCUAUUUUAAAAUCAGUGAGGAGACUACAAAUCAUGAAGACAACUGUGAUAAAACUGUAAAAAAUAAGAUAAGGAUUCACUUUGGCAGGUUGAGGUUCGUUAUCUGGCUAGAUCAUUUGGUGUUCCAGGAAAUCAUCUCGGUCAGCAGAGCCAUGGCUUUAGGUGGCCUUAUGGUCACAAUUAUUACUCCUUUCAAUUUUCCGUUAGAGAUUCCAGUGCUUCAGCUCAUGGGUUCUCUAUAUAUGGGAAACAAGCCACUGCUUAAAGUUGACAGCAAGGUAUGUGUAGUUAUGGAACAAAUGUUUCGGUUUCUCCACGAGUGUGGGCUGCCUUUGGAGGAUGUUGAUUUCAUAAACUCUGAUGGAAAAGCAAUGUAUAAACUUCUCUUGGAGGCAAAACCACGCAUGACUCUAUUCGCCGGUAGUUCAAGAGUAGCAGAGAAAUUAGUUGCCGAUCUCAAAGUUCGCAUCAAACUCGAAGAUGUUGGAUUUGACUGGAAGAUUCUUAGGCCCGAUGUCCAUGAGAUAUGA